AUCCCUGCUUUCGGUGCCAUAGGAAGGGUUUGUGCCUUCAGUUCUCGGCUCCACAGAAGUUGCUUUAUGAGGGAGAAAGGUUUUCCCUGUCAUGCACCGGCAAUCAAAGGUCAAAACUAAACCUCUGAUAAGCAAGGAGGGAGCUGGACCACUUCCCAUAUGCUAGAGCUGUUUACACCCCACUGGCAUGGGUGAGCAUAAAGGGGAAAAACUUGUUAGCAACCCCCCAUCCCUUAGGUACGCCUGCUUUCCCCAGAGCAGAGGUAUAAACAGUACAGCUCACUGUCUUGCACAAAGCCAGCAGCGUGCCAGUGUCAGAGCCCUGCUCUGCUGCACAUUCGUGCCUUCCGUUUGCAGAGGGAGCCAGGCCAGGUUUUCAGCGAGGUCUCACAGCUGCUGGCAGGCACCCACACCGCGAUUGGCAGCGGCGGCUGCUCCCGAAAGGCAUCUGUGGGUGUCUGAGAAAGGAACUCUGCAAUGCAUUUUCCUGAUGCAACUGCUCACAGAUAAAUCAAAACAAAGCUUUGCCGGGAAAGGUAUGGGUGCUUUGGUUUUAAAGGCAUUAUUAUUGUUUAAACCAGAGUCAUAGAAAUGAUAGGUUUUCGUCAGGAGCUGGGCAGAGGGUUUAGCCCAGCCUGUCAGAUAGCAGCCCCAGAGCUCUAGUUCUUUAUCAGCAGGCUUUAAAAAAGGAGUGGAAGAGGAAGGGAGGGAAACUUCAGGCAUCCCAGGACUGAAUGCUAUGUAACAACAGCUCCAGAGAAACUUGGACUGAGUUUUUCACCAUUUGUAGGCAAUCACUGCCUACAUGGAAAAUGUUGGUCUAGGAUUUUCUGUUUGCACUUUAAAGUUCAAGAUAGGAGGAGAUGGUCCCAGGAGGAGGAAUGCCUACUUGUCGGCCUGAGCUGGCAGGGUGCAGCUCACUGCCCAGCCAGCUGUGUUGCCUCGUUAGUUUAACCAGUUUCGUUAACCAGUCUCUCAUUAGCAAGGAGGUGGGUGGGGCAUAAGAGUCCUAUGGGUGGAGAUGCCAGUGGACCUGAACCAGUAAGGAUUCUUCCGGAAGCCCCGAGCAAAGGCCUCCAACAAGCCAUGCCCACUGCCAAGGGACAAUGCUGGGGUUACUGUGUGGUUUUGGGGACCUCAGCCCAGAGCAGCCAGAGAGCAGGCAGUGUGAAUGUUGGCCCUGACACUUAAAGCUGGGAUGUUGAAUGAGGAUCACCUCCCCACAGUCAGUGAGGAGAUGUUGGUGAUGUCCACGCUGACUUGGCUGGCUUUUGCUCUCCAUCAUGGAUGGACAAGAAGGACGCCCUCUCCUUUCCAGUUAGCAAUCAUUUUCUCAGUGAAGUCUUGCUUCUUCCCUAUAGUUCCCUUCCUGCUGCCACCAUAAUAAUUCCAUGGGAUGUAUGUGUAACAAGCAAGGUAACACGACAGCAGCACGAGCACUGGCUUUCAGCUACCAAAGAAGACCUCUCCAUCAGAGAGUGAUGACUUCCCAGGACCCAGUCUCCUUACAAGCUCUACUACCCUACUGGGAGUAGAUGGGAUGCUGAACCCAUCAGAGGAGAUUUCCCUGAUAUGGAUUGCCAAAACAUUUUUUAAAGAGGCUUGGAUUGAGAAUGACAGAACAGUCAUACUCUUGGAGGCAGCUUCAGAUAGGUCCUUCCAGCCUGCCUUUCCAGAAUCAUUUCCUGCUUGUGCUUCAUCUUCACUGCGAGCCUUUUGUUUUCCUAAGCUCCCUCCUUUCCAAUAAAUGCAAGUUCCCCAGAGCAAGUAAGGCUGGCCCAUCCAGUGCUGAAGGCUGUGCAUGCUGUUGCUAGGAAAAGAGAGAUGACUGGGUGCUUCUAGUUAACGAGCUUAACUGCUAAUUAAUUAUUAGAUGUAGGGAUAACACAGGCCAGGGUUUUUAAGAUACUCGACUCUGUUAAUCAACUAUUUCUAGCAGCAAGCAGUGGCCUGGAGAGCCACAACCUUGGGGGACAUUCCCUUCAGACCUCGUGUGAUCCGAGCACGCAGCUUGCAGCCCAAUCCACAGUGUUCCUCAGGCAGGCAGACUCUUUCAAAGUCCACAGUCUUAAAAAGUCCAUUCCUGGACUUUGUUAACGCAACUUUGCCUCAGAGCUGAUCUUGCCCAGAAGGCAAAUGAAUAUUCUUCAUACAUCAACUCUCCUUAGGAGAAGGUGGGAGACCCAAGUGUUUGUAACUGCACUAGGCCAGGAGAAAAAUCAUGACCCAGGAGCAACUGUGGCAGGUCCUAGACCCCUUGUGGGCUGACCCUCGCGUUCUCUCAGCCUUGUUUUGUGGUUCAGCUGCAACCAUUGUGCUUCUAAAAUGGCUGGGUCAUAGGCAGAUCCAGCAGAAGAUGGAAGAAGCAAGAAGAACACGGGAUCUGGCUCUGGAGAGAAUGGAGAAGGCAGCUCGCAGGUUUAAACAAGAGAACCCAGGCACCCAGACUGCACACAUCCUCUCACUGACCAUGGUGGAGCUGGCGGAGAAGCUGAAGGAGGGGUCCCUGUCCCCAGAAAGCGUUCUCUACUCCUACAUAGGCAAAGCUCUGGAGGUGAAUCAGGAAGUGAACUGUGUAAUAGACUUCGUUCAUGGCUGUGAGGAUCAGCUCCAGAAACUGAAGAAGCAGAAGGAGAAGGGGCUGCUCUAUGGCAUUCCUGUCAGCAUCAAGGACCACAUUGACUGCAAGGGUCAUGUCUCCACUGGUGGGCUGGUGAAGUUUCUGGGCCAAGUGAAGGAAGAAGACAGCGUCAUCGUCCAGGUUCUGAAGAGCCAGGGGGCAAUCCCCUUCGUGAAAACCAACAUCCCGCAGACAAUGAUAAACUAUGACUGCAGUAAUCUCAUUUUUGGCCAGACGCUGAACCCCCUCAACCACCAGAAGACCCCCGGGGGCUCCUCAGGAGGGGAAGGAGCUCUGAUUGCAGGGGGAGGCUCCCUCCUAGGCAUUGGCUCGGAUGUAGCUGGCAGCAUCCGCCUGCCAUCCAGCUUCUGUGGGCUGUGUGGGCUUAAACCCACAGGCUUCAGGAUCAGCAAAUUGGGUGUGAUUUCUCCUAUCGCAGGAAUGAGCUCAGUGAUAGGGAUGCUGGGGCCAAUAGCAAGGGAUGUGGACAGCCUGGCCCUCUGCAUGAAGGCGCUGCUCUGUGAGGAGAUGUUCCGUCUGGAUCCCACCGUGCCCCCCAUCCCCUUUGAUGAGGAGGUUUACACCAGUUCAAAGCCACUUCGGAUUGGAUAUUAUGAAGAAGAUGGCUACUUCCAACCCUCACCCAGUAUGAAACGGGCCGUCCAGCAGACCAGAAAGCUCCUCCAGGAAGCAGGGCAUACAAUUGUUCCUUUUGCACCACCUAAGAUUGACUACAUGGUAGAUGAACUGUUUACCAGAGGGAUUUUCUCAGAUGGUGCUGCUCACCUGGUGGACUCUUUCAAAGGAGACAUUGUGGAUCCCAAUCUGAAGUCCCAGUUCAAUACUUACAGGCUUCCUGCUUUGUUGAAGAGGAUCCUGGCUAUCAUUUUGAAGCCUAUUUACCCACGAAUUGCUCGGGAUCUCAGUGCUCUCUGUGGAGUGGGGUCUGCCAAAAACCUCUGGGAUCAGCAUGUAGCUGUGGCGGUAGGAUGAUUUAUCUUCCUUAGAAAAUACAGUGAGGGAUUCCUCUCAUUGGUUUCACCUCUCUGAUGGAUCUGGUGUUGGGUCAUCUCAAAUAAAGCAGCUGGGCUUUUCAAGCAAUGUUAAUGUAGAGGUCUCUACUUACUUACUCUCCCCAAUCCAAAUUAGGACAGAGUAAAAAUCUGCGGUUGUGAGCUCUGGCUCAGAUGUAUUUUGUAUGAACUCAUUUUGUUUCAGCAGUGUGGGAUAGGAAGCAUUGUCAUGGACAACUGAGCCCAUCGCUGCUCACAAACCAAUCAGGUUCCUUUUCAAAACAAUCUGGGUUUUGCAUUUGCACUUAUUUUUAUUGGCCAUCUCUUCUCCUCUCUGAUCUGAUGAUUGGAAGCCUUCUUAUUUCUUUUGCUUGUUUGUUCACUUGCAGUUUGUACUCAUUUUAUUCCAUCCCUGAGUUUAAAUAAUACCUCUCCUCUCUGGUAUUUUCCAUUUGAUCCCAGUCUAUUUACAGACAGCAGUUGUAUCCCCUUUUAGCUAGUGUUUUGCAAGGCUGAAGGAGUUGAGCUACCUUAGCGUCUCCUCA